AUGUUUGCCUCUCCAUGGGUCUGCCGGAGCUGCGCCCGCGCACUGCGUCGCUCUCACCCAUGGCAAGUCGGCCGGUUCAUGUCCAGCGCCUCUCCAGCCUCCCCCUCGUCCGCCCUUGCGCCCAGCCUGCUCCUCCGCGCCAGGUCCCUCGCCGCCGAGCACGCCGAGCUCCAAAAGACGCUCGAUGUCUCCUUCGACAAGGCCAAGGCCAAGCGCGUGGGCGAGCUGCACCGCAUCGCCUCGGCCCUGCGGGAAUGGGACAAGGUGCGCAGCUCCGUCGACGAGCUCACGGCCAUGGCCCAGGACCCGUCGCAGGACGUCGACCUCGCCUCCAUUGCCCGCGACGAGCUGCAGUCCGAGAACGAGGAGCUCGAGGCCCUCGAGAAGAAGCUGUCGGCUAGCCUGACGCCGCGGCAUCCCUUUGCUGACCUGCCCUGCAUGGUCGAGUUUCGCCCGGGCCCCGGCGGCCUCGAGGGCCGUUACUUUGCAGACACGCUCUUCAACAUGUACAAGAACCUGUGCGCGCGCGUGGGCAUCCGGGCUCAAGUGCUCAAGUACGAGCUGUCUGACUCGGCGGGCGACCAGUCGUCGACGGCAGGCGAGAGCCCAUUGCAAGAGGCCGUGCUCGAGAUCCAAGACACCGGCGCCUACGACAUGUUCCGGGGCGAGGCUGGCAUGCACCGCGUGCAGCGCAUCCCCAGCACCGAGAGCAAGGGCCGUGUGCACACGAGCGCCGUGGCCGUCUGGGUGCUCCCCUCGUUCCCUGAGAGCAGCGUGGGCGACAUGGACGUCGACGACCCGGAGAGCGACUUCUACAUCAACCCACAGGACGUCAGGAUCGAGACGAUGCGCGCGCGCGGCGCCGGCGGGCAACAUGUCAACAAGACCGAGUCGGCCAUCCGCAUGACGCACACGCCCACGGGCACCGUCGUGUCCAUGCAGGACCACCGCUCGCAGCAGCGCAACCGCGAGGCCGCGUGGAAGGUGCUGCGUUCGCGCAUCGCCAGCCAGCGCGUCGAGCAGCGCGAGGCAGAGGCCGCCAGUCUGCGCUCCAGCGUCCUCUCCCAGGCCCAGAUCACCCGCGGCGACAAGAUCCGCACUUACAACUUCAACCAGGACCGCUGCACCGACCACCGCGCCGGCUUCGACGCGCAUAACCUGCCCAGCGUGCUCGAUGGCGGCGAGACGCUCGAACGCGUUAUGCGGGCGGCCAAGGACUGGCUCGUGGCCCAAGACAUCCAGGCGCUCGUCGCCGAGGAGGAAGCCAAGGCCGGCUCCCAAUUAAAAGACUCGGCCAGGAGGUGA